GCUGUAAGACGAAAACUAAUUUGAAUGAACCUUUGGAGUACGUGGACUAUGUAGAUGUAAAUCCCGAUGUUAUCAAAAAUAAUUUGUUGGAUAUUCAACCUAUCAAGAGUAUGGAACAAAGCAGAGAAUUGGGAGCCUCGAAAGAUUUCUAUGAAGAUUUUGGAGACGACCGACGAGAAGAUCGUUAUUAUUAUCAAGAAAAUGAUUCAAACAAUGUCGAGUCUCUGUAUGAAGAGUUGAAGAAUGUGUACGAUUGGCCUGAUGGUGAAUUAAAGAGCGGACCCCGACUCAAAGGCGAUCAAAGACUACACUACGAAUCAGAUGACACGCUUGAUACAAAUCCCUCUCAAUUACAGCCAUUGAACGAUAGAUUCCUCGGCUUGGGUCAAAACGACAACGCACAAAGGAGAUUCCAAUCGAUUGAUGCAUCUUGGAUGAUUGCAAACUCAAAUAGUACUCUGGCGAACAAUUAUUUCACGCUUAAAGUCACGGAUGAUAUGUUUAAAGGCAGCUUCGAGCAGAGUUCGACGGAGAGAAAUUCACCGAAUAUAUUUUCCGUCGGAACAACAACCGAGCCGAGAAUGUAUACAAUUUCAGAAGAUAAAAAUGUCCCGUUUCCCGAGGGACGUUCAAUAAUCAAUACAGAUUCCGGUUCUCCAUAUGAAAAUAGCAAGUAUAUCGAGCCCAAGAUACAUGAACUACUGAAACAAAAUCUAAAUUUGGCGAAACAGGCGGCGAUUAAUUCGCAAGACUUGCAGGAGUCUUUCGUGGAAUCUUUAGAUUGGCAUGACGAUUUCGAUGAUAAUGUGAAAGUCAGAUUGGGCAGAGGAUUAAAGGCUAUAAAUGAAACAAUUAUUUCUGGUUUCAAUAAAACUUACGAUCAAGACAAUAAAUUAGACGUAACAAAUGCAACUGAUGUAAAUUUUAAGCCUACUCGAGUUUCUACGCAAACUUUACACGAUAAUUCAUCGAUGUCAAAAAAUUGGUACAAUAAUACAUUGAUGGACUUAUACAAUAUUUUUAACAAUCAUCGUGGUGUGUCUGAUCAAAGCGCUAAAAAUGUUCAAGAAUCGAUUUUAAUGAAUACGGUUAAUAUGGAUGUAAACGACGAUCUCGAAGCUGCCGAGCAAAAAUACGUCAAUAAUCAAACACCGAGAAUCAGAAGGGCAGCGUCAUAUCGCGCGUUUUACGACGAUCUGAAUCAGAAUCAACGCGAUUCCGAUGAAAUGGACGGAAGUCUAAGUAACCAGUUUCAUUCUCCGAAUAUCCUCAAAAAUCGGUUCGAUGGAGUGUAUCACGGAUAUGAGAUUGGAAAUUGGAACAGUGACACACAGGAUCUUGAUCAAUACUCGAAAAUCCCGCGAACCAGUACGAGGAAGAAGGGGAGACCCGGAAAGAGCAGUAAGAAAAAUAAGCACUCUUCGGAGAAGCACGCAAAGAAAAGCAGCUCACAUUCUUCAAGUAGAAACAGAAGACAUCAUGCUCACCGAUCUGAUAUGUCGAAGAACGUUAACCGAAGUGAUUUAAAGCCGAAGCAGAGGAACAAAGUUGAAGCAUCUCCUUUGAUUGGACGCACCAGAAUUCAGAAGAGUAAAACGGCCAAGCAAGAAUUGUCUCGUGCAGGGAUGAACGACGCAUCGGGCAAAAAAGUGCUUUACGAGAACGCGGAGGAUCAGAGUACAGUGAAGCCAGAGGAGGACGAUGCACGGAGAAAGGAAAUUACACUGCUCCUCGCAGCCGACAACAUCGACGACGAGUCGCAGAUGGACGUGGCUCUUCACGGCGAACUGGCUGGAAAAAUCGUCGAGCAAAUAUUCCAACAGGUCCAAAAAAAUGAUCAAUUGAAGAGUGUCUUUGGUCCUGGGCUUCACCGCGAUCACAAAACGGAAAAUGUGAUAACGGGUAACAUUUAUCGACAAGGACUCGACGAAGAUGGAACGAAUCACACGGAAACGAUGAUAAAAAGAGUUAUGGGGCUCCUCGGUACGCUAAUUGCAAACGAAGUGCAAAAGAAAACUUGCAUUUCUUUAUCACCGGAUAUGCGAGAAUUUUUAGGAUGGAUGCUGGAGGUGGAUCGAGAUGAGGAAUCGUUGGGAGAAGCGCCACCGCUGCCAUUGGUCCGUGAGAAAAUUAUUCCAGAGCAAGACACUGGACGCAAAUUCCUGUUUGACAGCAUUUCCGAGCAAGAAGGAGAAGAAAAUAUUAAUGAUUUACAGAAAAAAGUGAGAAUAUUGGAAACUCUUGUAAAGGAAUAUAACGCUUUGACUGCAAAAGAAAAAACCAGGGUUCAAACAGUCCACGAUUAUUUGAUUCAGCAGUUAAACCUACUUUUGCGAUAUAUCGAAGCGCGAGAAACUGCAGAAACAAAAAGGAAGCCUGCCUCGGCAGCAGCUAGAGCUGGAACCGGAAAUAUCUUACAGUAUCAAAACGCGCUGCCUAAUGCCACUAAUGCAAGCCAUUCGAUGACAAAAGAUGCAUUUUCUUCUCCAAUCGAUACGCAUAAUCUUCUGCAAUUCGACAAUGUCUCAUUUGAAACAGAUAAACGACUCCAAAAUAGUCAUGCUGCAUCCCGUCACAGAGAAACGCGUAGCCUCGAUAAAAUUCCAUCGAAACGACAUCGCAAAAUGAAACGCCAGAAGUCCCGCAAUCAAAAGAAGAACGAAAAUUACAGAAAAUCGAAACGCAGGCACAAUAAGUAUCGCAGGUAUCUAGAUUGCACAGGUUCAUCGCCGGGAUAUAGGAAGUCACGACAAAAACGCGCAAAUCCUGAAGAAAGCGAUCAGGCUUCGCUUUAUUUAGGCUACGAGAAGCCGAGAAUUUACGAUUCGUUCGAUCUCCUUGAUGCGAAGUUGAGAGGGACCAAGAAGAAGAAGAGGAAACGAGAAUUAGCCGCUAAGAAAAACGCGGCAAUCGAGAAUGACAGGAUGCUCGAUUUGUUACCAAUAAAAGGGAAGAAUCGCAUGGAGGACGAAGUGAUACUGCUCAACAAGCGCGAAGCUUGGAAAAAGGAGAAUGAGAAACAGCUGGAGGAGGUCGCCUUUGGCAGAGACAUGAGGAAUAACACAAGGAGGGAGAGGGAACGAUUCGAGAAAUUGACGGAAGGAGAUAAACGUAAACCGAUCAAUGAGACGAGUUCCAGAAUGAAGCGAGAAAACAUAAUUCGCGGGACAUCAACUGGCAAGGGUACAGAUUAUUCCAAUAAAACUCAUAUAACAUUCGAAAUCCGUGAUGGUGAAUCGUGGAAUAAAUCGAAAAUAAGUAACAAUAACGGCACGAAGAACGAGAAUAAACUGGAAUUGGUUGAGCGAAGGAUCAAUGUUUUCGCGGAUAACAAAACCAACGCAGCAAUUGAUUCCGCAGCUGCGGCAGCCAGCACGGAAGAAAAGUUAGCGACAAAUGCGGAAGCCAAUAACCAGGUUAAGGGAAAACUUCGCGCUAUAAAUCGUGAGACAAAAAUUGACAAGGCGGACGGGAGCGCGAGCUUUGUAAACUUGACGAGCGACGCGGAGCCCCGGGUCUCGAAGGAGCGACAGAAAGUUUCGGUAACGGAAAAAGAAGCAGAUGAUAACACUGUAAAAUUAAAUCGAGCGACAAACUAUCGACGCGAGGAAAUAGAUCCUGAAAUCGAGCUGAAAAAUCUGAGACAGGGACGAGAGAAAAGAAUUUAUGACGUCGCAAACUGGAAGAUGACCGACCACUUUUAUGAUGAUGAUAGGUUUUCUAGAAAUAAAUUAAGGCAAAAAUAUAUGGUUAAGUUAGACGAACUGGGUGACCUAGAUGCGGAUCCCGAGAAUAAUUUGGCGCUUCUGAGAUUAAGAAAUAAUAAAUGGUCGAAUGACGUCGUCGAAUGGAAGUUGCUGCCGAUAAUAAAACGAUCGCCGUAUUACGACGAUCGUGCUUUAUCAAGAAUUCGUUUAAUAGAAAAAGAAACACCUAUAUUAAGCAACAUUAAAGACGUGGAAUCUCAACCCAACGCUUAUUUAAGUCCAAGAUUUUGGCGAAACCAUCGUAGAAGAAACCGAGUCUUCAAUAUCUCGCCCACCCUGAGAAUAACUGACAAUGAUAAUUUUCCGCGCAGAAUUUAUCGAAAUGCGAAACGUACAUCUGAGAUACAGAGGUUUAAGGAUUUACGGAUAGAUCCCGAAAUUAUUCUUAAAGUUCGAAGGCUAUCUCGACCGAGGAACAACAAAAGAUCGAACGGCAUUGCGAAAUUCGGGAUGCCUUUCGCAUUGAAAGAUCCUAAUCGUGAAUUUCGCGAGAUACUUCGAUCACGCAAUAAUCCAGAGCUCGGCGACCGAGUAAUCUAUGAUGGAGUUGGUUUGCAAUUGCCGAGUUGGCCGUAUCAGUAUUACGACGAUCUUGCAGACUCAUCGACCUUUCAUUUCGUCCCGGGUAGAGGCGACGACAUGUAUCGAUACCCCGCGGAAACGUAUUUCGAGUAUGGCCCCUUUAAAAAGCGCCGCGCUCAUGACGCGAACCGACGAUUCGCGAGGCGAAAUAGAUUCCGCUUGAGAACCUCGGAAGGAAAAGAUGCCGUCGAUUUUCCGAGGAAUAAUUUAGCAAACAAAAGCUCGAAGUUCAGAUUUGCGGAGAGAAAGUCUCGCGUGAACGAGUCGGCUCUCGCGAGUGGUGAGAAUUAUCUUAUGUCCAGUGAGACGUCUACACACAAAAGAACUUGAAGCGAACUAACAAAACAAAAAAAAAAAAACAAAAUUGACAGACUGAACGAGAUCUUUGAUCAAUGGGCAAUAAAGGAAUUUUGUUGCUCGGCGUAGAUAAUAAUAAUAAUAAAAUUAUUGGCUGAUGUAAUGUAAUAUAUGACACGUAUGGAAAAUAGAUGAGGAAAAUUGAGAAAU